AGGCGCCGGGGGCGGGACGUGGGUGUCGGCGUCGUGCGGCCCGGGGAGGCGGCGGCCCGAGGGUCGAAGGCGCGGUAGGCCCGAGGAGGAGGCGGGGGCGCGGGGCAUCCCCCCGCCUCCCCGGGACCCGCCCCGGUGACAGGUCCGGCCUCUGAGGCCCCGCCGUGCCUCUGUCCGCAGGCUGCCGCGAGGGGAGUAGGGCGCCCGCGCGCCCGCUCGCGCCCCGCCUCGGCCGCCGCCGCCGCGUCCAUGACCGCGACUCCUCGGCCGGGGACACCCGCCGCCGCCGCCGCCGCCGCCGCGCAGCACCGCGCCCCGGGCCCGCGUCCCGCGCUCCGGCGCCCGCCGUCCGCGCCCGCCGAGAAAGACAGGACGGACUCGAGUGUGAGAAUGGCUGUGACUUUGGAAGAAGCUCCGUGGCUGGGCUGGAUCUUCGUGAAAGCGCUGAUGAGAUUUGCCUUCAUGGUCGCCAACAAUCUGGUUGCUAUUUCAUCCUACAUCUGCUAUGUAAUUAUACUUCAGCCCCUUCGAGUGCUGGACAGUAAACGGUUCUGGUAUAUUGAAGGAAUCAUGUAUAAAUGGCUUUUAGGAAUGGUGGCGUCUUGGGGAUGGUAUGCUGGAUAUACAGUGAUGGAAUGGGGGGAAGAUAUUAAAGCAAUUUCAAAAGAUGAAGCAGUGAUGCUGGUGAAUCAUCAGGCGACAGGAGAUGUGUGUACUCUGAUGAUGUGUCUCCAAGACAAAGGACUGGUUGUUGCUCAAAUGAUGUGGUUGAUGGAUCAUAUUUUUAAAUACACAAACUUUGGAAUUGUUUCUCUAAUUCAUGGAGACUUCUUUAUAAGACAGGGAAAAUCUCAUCGUGACCAACAACUGCUGCUUCUCAAGAAACAUCUAGAAAAUAAUUACAGGAGCAGAGAUAGAAAAUGGAUUGUUUUAUUUCCAGAAGGGGGCUUCCUCAGGAAGAGGAGAGAAACAAGUCAGGCAUUUGCCAAGAGAAACAACUUGCCAUUUCUUACACAUGUCACUCUGCCGAGGGUCGGGGCAACAAAUAUUAUUCUGAGUGCACUUGUAGCACGACAAGAAAAUGGAAGUCUAGCAGGUGGAGAUGCUAAAGAAUCAGACAGCAGAUCGAAAGGCCUCCAAUGGAUAAUAGAUACAACCAUAGCUUAUCCCAAAGCUGAACCCAUAGAUAUUCAAACCUGGAUCCUUGGAUACAGGAAACCAACAAUUACACAUGUACAUUAUAGGAUCUUUCCAAUUAAAGAUGUGCCUCUGGAGACAGAUGACCUUGUUGAUUGGCUCUAUCGCCGUUUUAUUGAAAAAGAGGACCUCUUAUCACAUUUUUAUGAAACAGGGGCCUUCCCACCUCAAAAGGGCCAUGAGGAAGCUGUUGCCAGGGAGAUGACCCUCAGCAACAUGUGGCUAUUUCUCAUACAGUCUUUCGCAUUCUUGUCAGGCUAUCUGUGGUACAACGUCAUGCGGUACUUUUACCAUUGCCUGUUUUAGGACUUGUCAAGCUCACCGUAGGAGCUCAGACUUCCGUAAGUGGGCAUUAUCUUACAUGUGCAAAUCAGAGUAUGAAAAAACAGCAAAGGAAAUUCAAUGGAUGGAUUAAUAUUGUCCCCCUUUGGGAUAUUUUAAAACUACUAAAAUGAGGAUCAGUAAAUAUAAUGACCUGCUAAUAUGUUUUAAGGACUUUUCAUGUUUUAAAGAGAUACACUCUGCCACAUAUUUAAGCAAACAUCACAUCUGGAGAAGAGGAAAUCAUAAAAUCAUCCUAGAAGACUAUCUGAGAGAAAUUCUGUUGCCAUCAGAUAUACUUGAUAAUCUAGCGCAAGCUCAGAAAGUUGUGUUGUCCUCUUAGCUAGUAGUUUCUGUAGGGCCAUGCUGUAGAGUGCCCUCAUGUCCACCGACUCUUGCUCUGUUUCUGGUAACCUUGAGGGCAGCUGGUCAGCACCCUCCGAAGGACUGUUUCCCUGUUGUUUGCAGUGUCGUGCCCAUCCUCAGUAACUAAAUGAGGUGCAGCGUCAGGCAUGCUCUGAAGGGAAAAAGCAGUGUCCACUGGACACAUUCCCGUGCUGGAACGUGUUCUGUAAAGGCUAGCUCAGUCCAGCGCCGUGUUUACAUGUGCUGGGGCUUUCCCUUGUAUGAGGGGGGGUCACAUAAUUUCUCUUUUUGGGUAGAAGGCGUAUCAUAGAUUGAUAACUGUCUUUUACAAAAUGCACUUUUAUCAGAUGCAUAUAUAGCAAAGGAUUAGUAAUACAGCUUGAAAACAAAUGUAAGCAUAAUCAGUGAGUGGGAUUCUUGAGAGGCCGCCCAGCCUCUGUGUAUUUGUGUGCUGAUGCUGUCCCGCGUUCCCCUGCAUCCAGUGCCACAUUGAUGUCAGGCUUUCAUCUAGCUCAGAGGCUUUUUUCCAUUUUUGCAUACUAUUAGCACCAAGUGCAUUUGGGGAUGAUUGAGACAAAUUAAUGUAAAACAUUUCAGUGAUCAAUUUAAGGCAAAAUAUUAUAAUUUAUUAGAAAAAUAAGAACCAGAGCCAGGCACUGGCUUCAAAUAGUGACAAGUUCUCAGAUGACACCCCCAGAACCUGUGUUCUAUCAUCACAUCAAGGUGCUGCCCACAUCCGGAUGGUAUAACCAGGAGAUGGAGCAGCACAAAAGGCUUCCCAGUCUCUUCCGGUUGUUUUGAAUGGGGUAAAGUCAAGUUUCUGUUUCUAGAAUUUUUCUGUUUGUCAUGAUGUCCGUAUGAUUGACCUCACAGUGGGAUAGGACCACCCUCUUCUCAAACGUGCUGGCCCUGGCUCAGCCCCCCACGCGCACUCCCAGUCAUCGGGACAGAGCGUGCUUUCUGGUCUGGGACUGAGACCAUUAAGCGCCUCGUAGGCCAGUGGUAAUUCUGUGUGAUGUGAGCAUUGUAGGCUCCCCUGUUGUUGCUAAUCAGACAAAUGACAAUUUUGAGAACUAGGCCAGAAAAAAAAUUAAGACUAAAGCUUUCUGUUUUUAGAUAAACCAAAAAACUGAAAAGAUGUGACUUUUCUCCCAGUUAUGUGGGGAAGGUAAAGCAACACCAAAUAAAAGCCCAUAGCAGCUUCAUCUUUAGGUUAGUUCUGUGCACAUGUGAAAGAGAAUGAUGUGUCAGCCGAAAUACCUCAUGGAAUAUUAUACUGCUACUGGUGAAAUGCAGGCAGUGUUGAUAUGAUUGGCUUGGUAGUGGUUGUUAUAAGAUGCAAUUUUUUUUUUUAAUCUAAGCAUUUCAUUCUGUGUUUUUUUCAGUGACAGUGAGUAGGCGAAACCAAUCUCAAUUUAGAGGUAUGGAUGAUGACAGUGAGCCAAAUAGAAGCUUAAAGAUGCUUCUGUUUGAGGCCCCAGCAAACACUGCUAGAUUCCAAGAUGAGUUGAAAUUGUUCAUUUGAGAGAUUAGUCAGCCAUCUGGGGCAUAAGUUGCUCACUGUCAAGGAUGGCAUGCACAGUCCUAGCUAACAGAUCCUUUUCCUCAUUGCUAAAGCAAGCCACUGGUAGAGCGGCCAGUUGGCCUGUCAAAAAGCAGAGAAAUGCAUGCAUGCGUACGUAAAUGUGGUUUAGGGCCACUUUUGCCAUCGCUGUGCUCCGAAGGGACAUGAUACUACUUCACGUACUGUCCACAAUAAACAGACUCUUCCAUACAAUGCUUUGUUCGUCAAGCGCAGCGUCAUUUUAACAGUCUCUAGAGUGACAAAUACCAAUAGAUGUGUGAGUUAAUUUUUGAAACUAGAUCUGUGAGUUGUAAAUAGAUGUGUAUUUGAUCUGCUGUAUCCCUCUUUGAUCUUUUAUCAACAUGUUUUCUCUCUCUUCUGUUGCAAAGUAUGUUUGAGAGCAUUGACAGUGCUUCCUUACCAGUAACUCGAGUUCUCUCACUAGGGAUGUAAGAGAGUCAGUGUUCUUACAUAGCCAUCAGGGAAGCCGCAGUAUGCCCUGUACAGAAUUGCAUAGAAAUUCCUAGCUUGUACUUUCUUUGCCAAGUGAAUGAAAAGAUGUUUAGAGAAUAUACAUUUUAUCAAGGGCAAAGGAAAUAAAAUCAUGCCAGUUUUAUACCAGUAGCUUGAAGAAUCUCAGCACUUCUUGGUCACAACUGCUAUGCCUAGAUUCCAACAGCAGAGGGGAUUGAGAACUUCCUGCUGGAUCCUGGUCUCAGGAGUCACAGUGAGACCACAUCUGCUUGACCUGGGCAGGUGCACUGACUACAGAAGCGACCACCCCGGCAAUUCACUCUUAACUCAGAAACCAUAGUUGAAAUACACAGAUACUGUGGAGAAACCUAAACACCAGGGGAAGGUAAAGGAAAAUUAUAGAAUGGCAAAUGGUAUUUUGGAUAGGCAAACAAAUUAGUUGCAACUCUAAAUAGUAGUUUGUUUGUUUUUUAAAGACAGCUAUGAAACCAGGUCUGUCAUACUAUUUAUUGUCAAGCUAUGAUAUACUGUCAUAGUUUUUACUGUUACAACCAACCCUUAAUUUUAUAUAGUAAAGGAACCAGAGAUUACUGGAUAAUUAAUCCAGUAAUAAGUUAGAGUAAGCCAAAAAUUAAUUGUAUUUAGGAAUUUGAAGUUUUGUUCUCAUCAAACCUUUUUUUAUCAUUCUAGGGAUUAUUUUUAAUUUUACAAAAUUUGACUUUUUUAUUAAUUUAUCUUGCCUAUAUAUUUAUGACUGUGUUAAUGAGUAGUGGAAAGAUUUGGAAAGACAGCUUCAGGAAGAGGAAACACAAAAGCCUAAAUAAUACAUGGGCUAGAAUAGGAAUCCCUGCAUAUUCAAGAGUUGGCAGUAUUGCAAUUGUUCCCAAGCCUUUUUAUGAAAAUGAAAUGUUAAAUCACCAGAUGUAAACUUCACAACAUCAUUCUAGUGUUAAUAUCUUUUGGAUUGGUGUUAAGACUGCUUCUUCAUUCUUUGCUCCUGUUACUCACGUCUCGUGAAUUUGUCUCAGUAAUAUUUUUUGACAAUCACUUCCCUAAAGACUCUUAGGAACUAGUGGGACCUGGUUCUAAUCAAAGAAAGUAGUCUUUAAUCAUGGGUAGGUUUAUUGGAUUAUUUUUAUAUUGAAGGACAUUUUAUUUGCACUGCUGGAUAGGAAGAGUUAGUUAUUUUCUUCGUUACACAGGACUUCACUCCAGAGUUACCAUUAGGAGCAUGUCAGCUCUGGGCCACAAAGGAGGGAUAAAACAGUCAGUCUUACUUGGUGUAGUGCAACCCUUACAUCUGUAACAUAAAAGGCAAAGUGGCAGGUGGACUGGCUCAUUUAAUGAGGGGGUAAAAACAUACAUCUGGGACCAAAACCACCUAAAUCGGACAUUUCUAGAUCACAGAGGGGCUGGGUAUUCUCUGGAGCAGUCACUGGUUGGUGCUUUACUGUAACCAUUUUGCAUUGAUCCCCAGCAAUUUGGAACUGGACCCUGGGAAUAAGCUGAGGGUGCUGAACUGUUUGGGGAAGUUGACUGUAGCCAUAUGGAAGAUAAAUGUGCAUUUUUCUGCAAAAUUUCCACUUGAGGAUUUUUACAUUCAAUAUUUUUUUAAAACAGUUGAAAGAGCAAAAAAAAUUUUUAAGUGUAUUCUAGUUGCAAAAUAUGCACACAUAUUUUGAAUGGCUUUAUUGUGUAAAACUGUGGAACACAGGACUGUGAUGCACAAAUUCUUUACAUGUAAGGAGUCUAUGCAUUUUACAGUAACACUUCAUGAUUGGGUAAUGAAACAGUUAUACAUUGAACUGCUAUUGUUGUAUUAAGUGCUUUCAUUUUCUUUACAGUUGUUACACGGCUGUAUUUAUUUUAUACACAUGGAUUUUAGUUUUCCUGAUGCCAUAAUGUUUACUUCAGCUUGUUGACCUGUCUUUCUUUCUUUGUGUAUCUGCAUGUUGUAACGUAUGAUAAGAAUGAGUGUAAAGGCUGUGGCAACUGUAAUUAACUUUUUGUAAAGGGCUGGUCACAAGUGGAUCUGGUUUAUGAAUGCAUUGCAGAUUAUUUUAGUAACCAGAUCACCUUUGCAGAAAUUUGGAUAUGAACACCAAAAGAAGCAUUUUCUCAACAAAAAUUAAUAGCUGGUUCUAUUUUUUUUUUAACCUAGAAAAAAUAAAGUUGAUUUUUUUCAAGUAAA